GGCGCAGGCGCGUUGUUGAACUUCCAGCUCUGACUCCAGAGCUUCACUCAGUCCGGGCGGGCGGGCGAGCGGACGCGAGGAGUGGCCGGCGGGGACGUGCGCGGGACUCGGGCGGGCGGGUCGGGCAGGUGGCGGCGGAGGAGCGGGAGGCGCGAUGGCCGAGGGCAGCGCUGUGUCCGACCCUCAGCACGCCGCGCGCCUGCUGCGGGCGCUCAGCUCGUUCCGGGAGGAGGCGCGUUUCUGCGACGCGCAUCUGGUCCUCGACGGCGAGGAGAUCCCGGUGCAGAAGAACAUCCUGGCGGCGGCCAGCCCGUACAUCAGGACAAAGUUAAACUAUAAUCCUCCAAAAGAUGACGGAUCCACUUAUAAGAUUGAACUUGAAGGGAUAUCGGUAAUGGUGAUGAGAGAGAUCCUGGAUUACAUCUUCAGUGGGCAGAUCAGGUUAAAUGAAGAUACAAUCCAGGAUGUUGUGCAGGCAGCCGACCUGCUGCUGCUGACGGACCUGAAAACGCUGUGCUGUGAGUUCCUGGAGGGCUGCAUAGCGGCGGAGAACUGCAUUGGCAUCCGGGACUUUGCGCUGCACUACUGCCUGCACCACGUGCAUUACCUGGCCACUGAGUACCUGGAGACCCACUUCCGAGACGUCAGCAGCACAGAGGAGUUCCUGGAGCUGAGUCCACAGAAACUCAAAGAAGUGAUCUCUCUCGAGAAGCUGAACGUUGGCAACGAGAGAUACGUGUUCGAGGCAGUGAUUCGGUGGAUAGCACACGAUGUAGAGAUGAGAAAGGUCCACAUGAAGGAUGUCAUGUCAGCGCUGUGGGUCUCGGGGCUGGACUCCAGCUACCUGCGCGAGCAGAUGCUGAAUGAACCCUUGGUGCGAGAAAUCGUCAAAGAGUGCAGCAACAUCCCGCUCAGCCAGCCGCAGCAGGGGGAGGCCAUGCUGGCCAGCUUCAAGCCCAGGGGCUACUCAGAGUGCAUAGUGACCAUCGGAGGGGAGGAGAGAGUGUCACGGAAACCCACAGCGGCCAUGCGAUGUAUGUGCCCUCUCUACGACCCUAACCGGCAGCUGUGGAUUGAACUGGCUCCUCUGAGCAUGCCGAGAAUUAACCAUGGAGUUCUUUCAGCAGAAGGAUUUCUGUUUGUGUUGGGGGGCCAAGAUGAAAACAAGCAGACGCUGAGCUCAGGAGAGAAGUAUGACCCAGACGCUAACACGUGGACUGCGCUCCCACCCAUGCAUGAGGCAAGACACAACUUUGGGAUCGUGGAGAUAGACGGGAUGCUCUACAUCCUUGGAGGGGAGGAUGGCGAUCGAGAGCUCAUUUCCAUGGAGUGUUAUGAUAUUUAUUCCAAAACCUGGACGAAGCAGCCCGACUUGACCAUGGUUAGGAAGAUUGGCUGCUAUGCAGCUAUGAAAAAGAAAAUCUAUGCCAUGGGCGGAGGCUCGUAUGGAAAACUGUUUGAGUCUGUGGAGUGUUACGACCCACGGACCCAGCAAUGGACUGCCAUAUGCCCACUGAAAGAGAGGAGGUUUGGAGCAGUGGCCUGUGGUGUUGCCAUGGAGCUGUAUGUGUUUGGAGGCGUCCGAAGUCGAGAGGACAUCCAGGGCAGCGAGAUGGUCACCUGCAAGUCCGAGUUCUAUCAUGACGAGUUUAAGAGGUGGAUCUACCUUAACGAUCAGAACCUAUGCAUCCCUGCCAGCUCCUCCUUUGUCUACGGAGCGGUCCCCAUAGGAGCCAGUAUUUAUGUUAUCGGAGACCUGGACACAGGUACCAACUACGACUACGUGCGGGAGUUUAAGAGAAGCACGGGCACCUGGCACCACACAAAGCCACUCCUGCCAUCUGACCUUCGGCGCACAGGCUGUGCAGCCCUGCGCAUAGCCAACUGCAAGCUCUUCCGCCUGCAGCUGCAACAAGGCUUGUUCCGCAUCCGGGUCCAUUCCCCUUGAAGAGGAAGAGGAGCCAAAAGUGAGAUCCUGCCCCAAGCGCAUCCCGUGGCUGGCGGCGGCAAGUGCAGUGAAGCAGCCCCAUCUCGCUGUGCGCUGGGCUUGAGUGUGGUUACUCUCUGGUGGUUUUUUUAAUGCUUAGGAGCUCAGGCUUCUGCCCUGGUCUGGAGACCGUGUACUGUUGAAAAACUACCUGCACGGAGUCGGUUCCUCCAGCCUGAUGCGUCCGUAACCAAGGCUAGUGAAUGUCCUAGGAGGAGGGUGUGGGGGUUGGUGUCAUGUGAAAUAUCAAAGUUAAAACCCUAAGGUGCAUUUUCCCAGAAGGGAACUCUUACCUGACUGACUGCGGAGUUCCAGUGUGUGUGGCUGUGGUCAACAAACAACAGAAUCCAUAUAUGCAAGCCAACAUAGCCGGCGUACGAGGUUGUCCUUGUACUGCGUGCGGAGGGGUAGAAUGCCUGGCCCCACCGAGUAAUUGAGGUUUGCGCAGUUAGUUCCCACUUAUUACUAGUGCUCUGUCUUAAGACUCUUAAAAACUAUAUUCUGAUGAACUGAAACUAAGAUAAAACUCCUCUCUGGCAACAGUCUACCUUAGUGAAGGUUCAGUCACCCGAGGAGCUCAGGUCCGAAGCCUGUGUGUGAGCUUAAAGGAAUUGUUCACCGGGAAAGAUCCUGCGCCAGGCCGAGAGAGCUCUGGGGUGGUGCUGUGAGAUCCGAGGGAGGCAUACCGUAAUUCCUCCUUCCCACCUGAGAAGCAGAGCUGUUUUCUAAGCUCCAGGCUGCGAGUGCAAAGGAGACUUUAGACAGAGUCGGGCAAAGGAGAGUUCCACUGCGACUAAAAACAGUAAGACAUAUAUUUAAAAACAAAAACAAAAACUAAAAACACAACUGUCUAGGGAUCAAAAGGUCUGCAUCUGAUCUGUCUUGAAGCACGCUCGGUCCUGUUUACUGCUGCGUAGAGCUGCAAGCUUGUCUUUGAAUGCAGGUGUGUGUGGAAUUGGGUCUUUGGAACAGGCCGCUCCCACAGCAUAGGAGUAUAGAUGAACUUUGCUCCAGGUAACGUUUGACUGGUAGAAUAAACUACCUCAACUUAAUUGUAUUCUGUUCCCAUUAGUACCCACCCCCCAUUCCCCAUCUCUCACCCCCACCUUCACCCUCUGCUCCACUUCCCCUUAGUAAAAAGAAUUCCUUAGUUAGUGGGAUUUAUUUCGUAAGAUAUUUUGUUUUCCAUUUAGAUUAUGGCCCCUUGGUGUGAAAUGAGGAGCUUGGCACACUCGGUUAUAUCAUAGUGUGCAAUAUCAAGUUUCUAGUCGGCUUGAUAGAGAUUUCCUCAUUUCUGUUUUCUUUAGAUUUCUUUCUCUUAGAGAUGAGUGUAAGAGGCAACAUUGUAUCGUAGUGACUGCUAACUGUGUACAUGCAUCCUCUGGUCAUGUUGGAGAACAGGAAUCUCUUCUCUAAACUUCCUCCCUGCGUGAGAUGUUUAUAUGCAAUUAAAGUGCGUGUAAGACA